AUGCUCAAGCCUCUGCAGGAGUUUGCUGCGUCCAAGCCAGUGUGGGGCGUCUGUGCCGGCAUGAUCCUGCUGGCCGACGGCCUCAAGCAGUCUGAGCCGCAGGCCCUCGUCGGCGGCCUCCACGCCACCAUCGAGCGCAAUGCCUUUGGCCGCCAGAUCGACUCGCGCUUCCGCUCAAUGUCGCUGCAGGGCUCCGCCGCCGCUGCGGGCGUCUCCGAGGCGGCCUACUUCAUCCGUGCGCCGGCGGUGCUCGCCACCCUCCCCGACGGCGAGACGGCGGUCGCCGUGAGGCAAGACAACCUGCUCGCCACGUGCUUCCACCCCGAGAUCUCGGGCGACGACUCGUGGCUCCGCUUCUUCCUCUCGACCGUCGCGGGCCGCGACCUCGACGAGGCGGAGCCGCACCCCGACCUCACCACCGUCGCUCCGUGGCAGCCGCUCCCGCGGCCGGACAGCGCGGUCGACACCGCCGUCAAGCGCGCGUUCGCCGUCUUCCAGCAGGGUGGCGUCAUCAUGGACGUGGUGGACGGGGAGCAGGCCCGGAUCGCGGAGGAGGCGGGCGCCGUCGCCGUGAUGGCCCUCGAGCGCAUCCCCGCCGACAUCAAGCGCGACGGCGGCGUCGCGCGCUCCUCCGACCCCGCGAUGAUCCAGGACGUCAUGAGCUCGACCUCGCUUCCCGUGAUGGCAAAGUCGCGGAUAGGGCACUUUUACGAGGCGCGCCUGCUCGAGGCGCUCGGGGUGGACUGCAUCGACGAGUCCGAGGUCCUCACCGCCGCCGACGAGACGCAUCACAUCGACAAGCGCGACUUCGCCAUUCCGUUCGUUUGCGCGCAGGACCUGGGCGAGGCGCUGCGCCGCAUCGCCGAGGGGGCGGCGAUGAUCCGCCUCAAGGGCAACGCGGGCACGGGCAACGUGAUUCAGGCUGUCCGCCACGCGCGCGACGUCUACUCGCAGAUCCGCCAGCUCCGCUCCCUCCGCCCGGACGAGGUCUUCGGCUUUGCCAAGGAGCACCGCGUGCCGGUGGAGCUGGUCGAGCAGGUGCGCGACGCGGGGCGGCUGCCCGUCGUCACCUUCGCGGCGGGCGGGCUCGCCACGCCGGCCGACGUGGGGCUGCUCAUGGAGCUCGGCGUGGACGGCGUCUUUGUCGGCUCGGGCAUCUUCAAGGGCGAGAACCCCGCCAAGCGGGCCGCCGCGAUGGUCAAGGCGUGCGCGCACUACAAGGACCCCGCGGUGGUGGUCGAGGCGUCGACCAACCUCGGCAAGGCGAUGGUCGGCCUGCUCGAGCACGAGGACCCCGCCUCGGUCGCACACCUCGACGACCUCGGGCUCGAGGGCCGCGUGCUGCGCACCGCGGAGAACGCGAUCGGCGGCAUCGACCGCUCCGUCGCCGCCUGAGCGCGCCUCGCGCCUCGCGAGCGGCAACUCGCCCUCUCUCGAACCCCUCUCACUCGCCCGUGAGGCCACGCAAGCGCGGCUAGACCUUCGCGGCGCACCAGAGCCGCAGGAGCACGAGGGGCGCCACUUCAGCGCC